AUGAACGACCCCGUGGUCGCGCGACCGUCACCUCAGGAGGCGUGGAAGCGAUAUGCCAUGACCGCUGGUGCUGUCGCUGUCACUAUCGUUGGUGCUGAAGCCUUCUUGAACCGCGAUACUCGCGAUCCUCUCAGUCCUGCGGAACAGUCAUAUCUCCAUCAAUCCUUUGCAUACACUGGCGGAGGAUUGGCCCUUACCGCAUUAGCUGCGAGGAGUAUGUUCACUGCUGGCUUGCCCUUUCGGAUUAUGUCUGCGAAUCCUUGGCUUGUUCUUGGCGUCAGUCUUGUCGGUAGUAUUGGGACCAUGAUGGGUGUCAUGUACACUCCUCCAGAAAACACCGUUCAGAAGCACCUGUUCUGGCUCGCCUUCAACGCAUGCCAAGCGGCCACCCUCAGUCCCCUCUUCUUCGUGAACCCAGCCGUCCUUUCUCGUGCAGCCCUCUACACAUGCGGUGUUGUCGGAUCCUUAUCCUAUGUUGGAGCCACGGCCAAAAAUGACAAGUACCUCUACAUGGGUGGUCCCCUUCUUGCUGGUGUUACCGUCGUCGCUUUGAGUUCGUUGGCUCCUAUGGCCUUGCCUCUCGGUAUGCGCGGUUUGGCUAUCGCCGAGUCUAUCUCCCUCUACGGUGGUCUCGCUGUCUUCAGUGGUUUCGUUCUCUACGAUACGCAGAAGAUCCUGAACCAUGCUCGUCUCGCCGAGCGUGGCGUCAUCCCAGCUGACCCGAUGAAGGAGUCUAUCAGCCUUGAACUCGACAUGAUUAAUAUCUUUAUUCGUCUCGUGCAAAUCCUUAGCAUGUCGGGUAACAGGAAGAAGUAG